UAAUAUUGUUUUAAUAAUUGUAGUGGUACAUAUUGCUUGUGAUAUUUAGUUAUAUGUUUUAGAAUAUGAAAUAAGUAUAAUCGAAUGCGAAUAAAACGUGAAAUUCGUCGCCAAAGUAGGCCAAACAACAAGACAAGCAGGCAAGCACCCGAUCAAAGAAGACAAGUAGAAGUAGAAAUUUUUUGCUUUUGGUCAUUGAAUUUUCCUCAGUAGCAAGUUGAUGCACAACUAAGCAAAGAAAAAAACCAACGCAAAGACAAAUCAAAAGUAAAUGCAAAGUAAAACGAGUCGUCGAGUUUGUAUUGUAAUUGUGUCGUGAAGUGAACGAAAAAUAGUGCAAAGCAUGGAGGAAUUAGGAAAGUGGAAGUGCUCAACCAUAAUGUGUAAAGUGAAUUCUAAUUAAAAGAAAGCAAGAAGAAAACAAAAAUGAUUAGGCAUUGGUUUAAAAACAAAAUGACUAAAUAAAAACCAAUAAAGAAAAACGUUCUUAGGUUUUUCUUAAAAUAAUUUUUGUCAACAUCAUUGAAAUAUCGGUAAUUACUUUUUAUAUUCCUUGCUGACAGCAAAGUUGCAAUGAAAACCAAAACUUGUGUCAGGAACGGCUGGUAGCUGAUUGGAGCAAAAGUAAAAGUACACAACAAUAAAAUCGACAAACUAUAUUAUUGGAAAAGUAUUCUUUAAAGAAUAUUAUGGAUCCAAACAGACAUCACGAGGUCAUUAGUGGCAAUGGUGAAAGGCAAAGUGCAAUGUAUUUUACUAGGGGAAUCGAUGAGAGUCGAACAAAUACUCAAUAUUAUUCGCAUGAGAGAGUUAUUGUUAAUAAUAAGUCUUGCAUGUGCCCGAACAUGUCAAAUAAUAUUACGUGCAAUGCAUGUCCUUCGGCAGCAGAUGGCACCUGGAAUUCAGAACGUUCUUCAAGAGUAGAUUUUCAAAAUUCGGGUCCACCAAGAGAAAAAAUCAAUCAAAACUCAAUAUAUGCUCAUGAUGGCAGGCAAUUUUUCCAUCCAAAUACCAACAUAACUUACGGUACAGAAGUGAUGCCUACCAAUAGAGGUAUUGUAGGAUUACAGCAAGAAAGAAAUUCAGUGUCUAAUAAAAGUUGUGCCUUGGAGUCGAAUUAUAAUUUCAAGCAACAACUUCAGCAUCAACAAUCUCACCACCAGUCGCAGACGCCAAACCUUACACAAAUGCAAACGCAAUCGAAUACAGCCAAUAUAACAAAUUUAUCACCGCAACAGCUACAACAAAAACAUCAUCAACAUCUAAGUGCAAUGAGUAAUUAUCCUAAAGCGAGUAUUUAUAAUGAUGUAGUUAGUUAUCAUGCAACUGUUCCCGAUCACCGGUCGACAAAGACAACAUUAUACAGUGAGGCAAUACCACACCAAAAGUCUGUUGCAACAACAGUGGAAAUAAUGCAUAGUAACAAAAUGGAUCCUAGUACUAUUAUUAAUCCAAGUAACUCAUUAGCUUUGAAAGAACAACAAGGUAGUCCGAACUAUGCUCGAAAAUGUCCACAAAUUUUUGCACACAGCGAUCACAGCAAUGCGCAUACAGGUCAUCAGAGCUUAUAUAUGUCAACACCACAAUUCAGCUCGGAUAAAUUUAAUAAUAUUCAUGCGCAAAGGAAAAUUGUACACGAGUCGGAACUCAAAAUUCAUGCCUAUGGUACAGACGCAGUGAAAGUGAACGAAAUACAAAUACCUUCUAUGAAUAAUUAUUCGCAUCAAAGUAGUGGUAAUAACUAUCAUCACAACAUUCACGAGACAGUGCACACAGUACAACAACAACAAUUAAAUCUUCAGCACCAAGAGCCAUUGAUGAACAAUGUCAGCCCACAUUUGUCGCGAAGUCAAAACUAUUAUAUGCAAGGUGCCAAGACCCAAGUAUCAACCAUCUCAGAAAAACCACCGAUUACACCAAAACAGGCGCAAAUCACAAGCCAGUAUUCAAAAAACCAGAAAGCCUUACCAUCACACUCCCAAGCGCAAACGUUAGCACUCCCUCAUCACCCAGCGAAAACACCGACUCACGAUAUACUGUUUAAAAAUAAAGAAGAAAUGUAUAGUGACUCUAUGCUACAUCAGAAUAGUGGCCUAUUUGCUAACCCAUAUAAAUCGACCUCGCCUUUGGAUACCUGUUGUAAGGACGUACCAUCUCCCUAUGGCAGUAUAACUAAUAGUUUUAGUGAAAAUAAUGUACAACAUGGUUAUUUUAAAUAUGGUAAGAUAGCGAAAGAGACAGUUACAAAAAACAAUUUAUGUACAGAAAAUCAAAAUACUCCUCCACCUACGCCAGUACACCGAACGUCUGCCUAUAAAGCUCAACCAUAUUUUUAUGAAUCACAGAAUAUAAAAUAUGAUAGCAAUGCGCAUAAUACAAAUUAUAUGUCGCCAUCUGUGGCUGUGGCAGCCUCGCCCUCUCCUUCGCACACAACGCCGCCUUCUCACAUACAAAUGCAUCACACAAGUCUAACCCCACAGAGCCAAUCGCAAUCACCGCCGAAUUAUACACAAAUAGUUCGUCAACAACAUCAUAAUCCAGUUGAAAUUCAUCGUUCUUCCGUACGCACGCAUCAGGAAAGCGCCGCUGUCCAUUCAAAUCCUCAUUAUUGUGGUUAUGAAAGACAUCCACAAAAUUCCAAGCCAGUAACGUCUCAUUCGUUGGCUAUACAAUCUUUACCACAGUCGCAACCAAUGGAUCCACAAAUGCAAACUAAGCAAAUUCCAAAUCUGUCGAACCAAGGACAAAAACAAAAUGCUCUAAAAAAAUCUCAAGUUCCCAAAACUAAUUACCGGGAGCUUAUAAACCAAGUAGUUGCAAUGAGAAGUGCUACAUCGGAAAAGGAACAGGAUUUACUAAUCAUUAAAAAAGCAUUAAACUCUGCAUCUGGCCCAACAGGAAUUCCACCUGUGGAUAAAUUAGGUCAAAGCGGUCCAGGUCUGAGCAAUGGUAGUUUAUCUCUCUCCAAUACUACCUCUGUGGCGGGUGCAACAGAAAAUGGGUUUUUAAUGGAAAAUGCGCCCAUGCCUUCACGCAAUGUAACAAAAGUUUGUAUUGAUUCAACCUUAUCAGAAUUGCAUCAGACAAUUAAGGUAGAAGAACCAUUAACGCCAUCGCCUUUGGAUUUAUCGAUGCGUACAGUGAAAACGAAAGCUGACUCUACCGAGUAUCGAUAUAAUCAAGCAAUUUUAAAAAAUCCACAAGCUGAUUAUAAGCACACCCUGCCAAGAGUAGAUUUUACACCAAAUUUUGCAUUACACUCGCAGGAAAGAUCAGGAGUAUCUAAAAUAAUAAUGAGUCAACAAAAUCAACAGUUGUACAAUUCAUCGGAUAUUACAAGACCAGUAAUAGUGCCUGUUGGUACCAAGGUCAUUUCAGCACAACCACAAAUAUCACAGAAUUUGAAGCAGUUCCCCCCUGAAAAUUCUUCUAAAGUCUGCACAAUCACACCACGCAUCAGCGCAACUUCAGUCAGUAACGUUAAAACAAAUUCUGUAGUAUUUAAAAACACAGAAGAAAGCUUGCAGAUGUGUCAGAUGCGUCCCAGCGUUGUGGAAACAAAUCCUUUUGCAACAGUAAAAACGAUUAAAUCUGAACCGAUUUCAGUGAUUGGAAAUAAUGUGCCUGUAACAGCCGAAAACUAUGAACCAGCCAUUAUUCUGGGAACAAUAUCAAAAUCAAUUCAGACAACUAGUUCUGAACUCACUUCUGCACCAGCUUAUUCUGGUGGUGUUAUUAAAACUGCUGAUCACAUUUCUCCAGUAGAUGUAAACCCUACGUCCAAUGCAAUUAGUACUGCAAUAUCAAGGGAACAGCGGAAUCCUAAUUAUCUUGGUCGUAAGCGCCAUCUUCAAGAAUACUCAAAUUCACAACGUAAUGAACCCGUAGUUAAGCAACAAAGAUAUCAAGAGCAUAUCGUUCAACCAAAUGCUGAACCAACACCUGUAAUUUCCACUUCCACGACGGUUAUAGCAAUAAAUGAUCGAGUAGUAAAUGAGGAAAGAGAACGAGAUGCGAAAAUCAUGGAAAAGUCAAUACAAGCCGAAAUUGUUCCAUGCUGUCAAAGGGAAAGCUCCAUAAUUAUUAACAACAAUGUACCUAUCUGUAAAAUAGAGCCAUUAACGCCAACUAUGGAUACGCCACCGCCAACAAUUCCACAACCUGUUCCAAUUGUACCUAUCAAAACGGAAGCAAAUUUAAUAAUUGCAGCCCGCAUUAGAACUAAAGCGGAACUAAAGGGUUUUACUUUCAGUACACCAAUAGAUGUACCCAGUACAAUUAAAGAGCCCAUUAAAAUAAAAGAAGAACCAAGUAUUGGUUCAACUUUUAACGCAGAGUUACCGUCCAUUCCUGGUCUAAACGAAGAAUUCGAUUCGAAUGGUCUCUUAGAUAACAAUUGGAAUAGUAAGUGUACCGAUUUCAUGGAACAGUUGCUUACAAGUUCACAAAAGAUUCAUACCCAAUGUCGAUUUGGUAGUGUGAACAUGGAUAUGAGGUUAGAGAGUCAGAUAUCUUCAAAUGAUAUCAAAGGAUUAGAAACAAUGGAUAAAACUAUGGGAAAGAAUACAUCAAACGUUAGCAUUGAAUCAGCAGAAAGCAGUAAAUCAUGUGAUAUAAUGGAUGUAAGAGUCGAAAGUACCAUGACGGGAGAACGUAUUACAGGCAAAUCCCCGGAAGGUCAUUCAUCGCAGUCAAAUAAUGUUGUUAUUCAGAAAAAGAUAAGUAAACAAGAUAGAGAGAAAAUGAGAUUGCAGCAAGAAAAACGUAUUGCUGCUCGUUUACAAGUGGAGAGUAGUUCGGAAAGUGACGAUGAAAUUAUUAAAAGAAAAUCGGAUCGUUCGAAGAAACCACUAAAGAAAGUUAAAGCACGACAAAAUACGCACACAGAAACAAAUCAAUUUUCUGACUGCGGUUGUGAUUCUUCCGAGAGUAAUGAUAAUAAUGACGGCAAAACCCUUAACAAAGAAGCAACUGCUUUAGAAAACGAUGAAACUGAUAUAAAUAUGAAAUUAUCAGCAAAACAAAAAUUGCAUAAUUUGCAGGAGACAACGACAAAAACGGAUUUAAAAGGCAAGUGCCCAAGUAAUGUCAUUAAUAAUAUUCACUCUGUAUCAGAUGAAUCAAAAUCUCCCGACGAUGCGCAAAAAUUAGUCACAAAGUGUAUUCGGGAAAAGGAAACGCAGAAUACGAACAUUGCAGACCAAAUAGAAAAGGAUAUGGCGAUAAAAUCGGUGCAAAAUAAUUCUAGAUAUAAAGAAGAAAUCGAAGGAAAAAAAGGUGAAAAAGGUGAAAAGAAACCAAAAGUGCAUUUAAAGGUAGGAUUAAAUACAAUGACACGCUCCAAACAGAAACGUGAAAUGGAACUACAAUUGGCAAAUAGCAAAGUAUUGCGCAAUGAUAAGAUUAUUCGAAAUUCCACUACCAAAAUUAAUUCAAUCAAACGAAAAUAUGUGCGGAAAUUUGCUAACAAUCAGAGCUCUACGUCGACUGUUGGUAAAGAGCUUUCGAACAAGCAGUGUGAUCACGAGCUCUCAAUGCGUUUGCGUUCUAGAAAUGAGAAGUCAGUGAAAGGUGGCAAAACUGAAAAAGUACCUGGUUCCAAUUGUAAGAAAUUGAAUAAGGCAGCGAUUGCUAUUCAUAAAAGUGAUAUUCAAAAUGGCAAGCCGAAAGAUAAAGAAAGUCAAUUGCUUUUAGAAGCUUACCGUUAUAAACGUUCGCUUAAAAUUCCUCCCAGCUUAAUUACUAUAGAUCACCCACACAAUCUAAAAAUGGCUGCAUCUUUACCGGAUUUGGAGCGUGAACAAGAUCCUUUACUAUCCAAUACUAAUAGAAGUGCUAAAUUUGCAAAAUCGAUCGAGAGAUUGCUUCAGAAAUCAACACCGAAUAUCAGCGGGAAGUCCUUAUUAACUACUAAAACACAACAAGAAGAACAACUGUGUCAUGAAAGGAGGUCAAUAAUUGAUGUGUUGCAUUCGCGUGUUAUAAAUACAAACGUUGCAGCCAGUACAAAGCCCAAGAGUAAAAAAUGUGCCAACCUUUAUGGCGUUUCGAGCCAAGUUCAUAGUGAUGUUUCACAUAGUGCAGAAUCUAGUUCAGUUACAGAACUCUUUUCUAUACCUGUAAAAAAAGAGCAUGAUGAAGAAUCUAGUGAUGGAAAGAAACGACACUUUAGUAUUUUUGAAACAACUGUGUUGAAAACUAAAACACGAACAGAAUCUAAAAUGCAACAACGAAAAGAGAUUAUUCGAGAGAUUUUCGUAGGCGAUGAUCGACCAGCAUCUGCUCCACCUGAAAUUAUAUCCCAAAUGUCUGAUGGUAAUGACAAAAUGACAUUCGAACAAAAAUACGAACAAUUCUUAAAACAAUUAAACAUUGUAAUAAACGAUUCUGUGUCUUGCUCAGUUUCGGCAUCAACGUCGACCGCGAACCAACAUAUUAAAGAUGAGGAAGACACCAUAGCAAGUGUCGGUGUACCUGAAACCGACGAUAAUAAGUCACUAAACCCAAAAGUUGCCAACAGAUCCACCCAUGAAAUAGAUAAUACCUCAACAGGCUUUAGAAGAAGACGACCGGGGAAGUACCUACGGCGUAAAGGAAGCUCCGGGUUUGAUUACAUUCGUAAAAAAAAGAAACCAAAUUCAGCUCUAUCCGGGAACCAGAAUUCCUCUCAAAAUUCGCAAAUGUUAGCAAAACUAGAAAGGAAAACGGAGGAUGAAAUUUAUGAAAAGAAAGUAAAGACCGAGAGUGAUGUGUGUCGUGAAAUAAAUAAGUGGGUGCUAAACAAAAGCGUUGGGCAAAGUGCAAUGCACAAAGCAGCACGUCUAGGUUAUAUAGAUGUUGUUGUUUACUGCUUGGAUCGUAUGGGUAUGAAUCCAGAUCAGAAAGAUAAUGCUGGUUAUACACCGCUACAUGAAGCUUGUACAAAAGGUUGGCUUGAAAUUGCUAGGAUACUCUUACAGUACGGUGCGAAUCAUUCAGAAGCGGCGCAUUCAGGCAUACGACCGUUACAUGAGGCAAGUGAAAACGAUCACGAAGAAAUUGUGCGUUUGCUGCUUUCUUAUGGUGCUGAUCCUUUACUCGCCACAUAUUCAGGUCAAACGCCCUUAAUGCUUGCUUCAAGCACUGCUAUGAGGGAUCUUCUGAACAAUCACUUGAGUGAUGUGCAAAAUGUUGGGACAGAUAAAAAACCUUGGCAGUUUAGGGGACCUUGGGAUAUUUUAGAUUCGUCAAUAUAUGGUUAUGAUAUAUUCGGAGGAGCGCCGAAUUUUACAUGUGAUAUGAGCAGAGCUCUUAGAAAAAGUUCAAUAUCAAAUUCGAUAACGAACAAAAAACAAUUAAAUUCAUUUGUAGAGGUGGGCAAUAAUUGUAAGACUAAAAUGGAAAAUUGUGCAGUCGUGCUUGACAAUAUUGAUCGAUUCAACUCCGUUCGAUUGUACAAUGACAACAAACCGGAAAUUUUAGUAGAAAAUUCAGAUAGCGAAGGAGAGAUGUUUGAAUUUGAAGAAGCCGAUAUUUUGCUACCACCCUUAUAUUUACUCAAAGACGAAGGAACUGACAAAUGGGUUUUAUUGAGUGAUUUGUGCAAUUUGCUAAAGGUCAAAUCUAAAGAUACACUUUUGAAUAAGAUAUAUCCACCAUCUUCAUCAGCAUCUUCCGCACACAAAAGUCUGAUGAGGGAACUGAAGAUGUCAGAUUUCUUGGAGAGAGCAACGUGUUUGCAACUUCUAUGCGCUGGGGAAAAAAUUAACAUUUGCGCUUCAAAGGUUGUUUUAAUUAAAUACAACGAUAGCGUUCGCAAUUUAUUAGGUGUAAAAACAAUAUUGAUGAAGUUUUAAAAAAGAAUUGAAUAAUUAUGUAUAAAGAACGUGAUACUAAGGUGCUAUACGGAAAAGUGAUUGAAGGAAGUGUAGAUAACCUGCAUAUUUAUGUAAAUGUGUUUUAAUAUAAAAAAUGAGAUAAUCAAUGAUUAUGAAGAUUGUAAAGAUUGUGACUAAAGCAAAAGAAAAGCAUAUUAUUGUAAAUGUAUUUGUAAGAAAUAGGCUAUAAAAAUUAUGUUUAUGACCAAAAUUUAAUUAUAAAAGUGCAUAAUAUUUUCAUAAUGCUAAAGAGAUGCAGUUUUAAUACAAUA